CGGGAGGGGGGUUGAAAAGAGGUGCCUAUUUUGUUUCGGCGCACCCUUUGUGCUCCUUAAUUACCACCGACAGACCGGGGAGAGCAGAGGUGAAGUCACUCUAUCAAGGAGCAGGCGACGCAACCGCGGAUCAUCUCAACUUUGCAGAAAGCUCUCAACAGCAAGUGUCGGAUUCUAAGAGUGUGCCACAAUCUUCAGCCUUCUGAAAUCCCAGAAUGGGAAAUCAACUGACCGACAUGUCUCCUAACACACCCUUCCUACCAAAUCUCCAGCCUUUACACAUUGUGGUGCUUGGCCUUGAUGCAGCAGGGAAGACCUCCUUGCUUUACAGGCUCAAACUGCGUGAGUUUGUGGAGACCAUCCCCACCAAAGGCUUCAACAUGGAGCGAGUCAAAGUGGCACUGUCAGCUGGCAGUUCCAAGACCACUACCUUCCAGGUGUGGGAUGUCGGCGGACAGGAGAAACUCCGACCACUGUGGAAAUCUUACAUGCGCCGGACGGACGGCCUGGUGUUUGUGGUGGACUCCAAUGAAGGGGAGCGUCUGGAGGAGGCCAAAGCAGAGCUCCAGAAGGUCUGCCGAGCGCCAGAGAACCAGGGAGUGCCCGUCCUGGUCCUGGCCAACAAGCAGGACCUGCCCCAGGCCAGGAACGAGGUGGAGGUGGAGAAGGCUCUGGGUCUCCAUGAACUGAGCACCUCCACGCCACGUCACACACAGGGCUGCAGUGCGGUGGAUGGCCAAGGUCUCCAAGCAGGCUUGGAAAGACUCUACGAGAUGAUCCUUAAGAGAAAGAAGUCAAACAGGAGCAGCAGGAAGAGGAGAUGACCUGUCUCACUUUUUUUCUCCCCUUGGAGAAGUGGCCAGAAAAGACGGUUGCAGUAAAGGAGAAAGUCUCCUCCACUGUGAGCCAAAGUCAGUCGACGUGGCUUGGAUUCAAGGUCGAAUCCAGCUGAAUGCAAAAAGGGUGCAGAUAUGUUUGCUUUAGUGUGGGUCUGGAUUCUGCAAGUCGUACAGAACUGCCAACAUCCCCACCAAAAGCUGGCAAGAGCACUGGAGACUGUUCUUCUGUUGAGCCAGUCGGUCACUGAUCAUGUUGCCAAAGUGGUUGCGAAGUACAAAGAACUCUUUUAUUUAGCAUUUCACUGCACUGUAAUUGACUGUUCUGUGGUGUGGUAUUGGCUUGGCGCCUAAAAGAACAGGGAAAUGAUAGGUUUCACUAUUGUAAUGGGAGAAGAACACUAGCCCAAGAUUUGAACCCAAGACCUGCCAUUGAACUGUUACAUUAUGAAGAUUUGGACUUCAGUAUUUGAGCUGUGCUCAACCAUUCCUCAUUUUUUCUCGAGAACAAAACCAUGUAUCUGUAUUUUUCUGUACAUUUUCUGAGUAAAAUAAAUUAUUGAAGAUGUUUGAACACAA